CCGUAGGUAAUAUAUACGCUUGGUCAUGAGCGCUCCUCCGCCGCCGUCCGCGGGCGGCGCGGCGCCUCCGAGCGCGCCCGUCGCCGCCAAGGAGUCGACCGCGCAGCAGCACAACGGCUUGACACGCGAGCAGGGCGUGGACGUGGUGGGGCAGGAGUUGAUCCAGUGGCUCGAGGGCAACGGCGCCGACACGAAGAAGCUGGCGCUGCAGGAGUACGCGCCCGAGGUGCGCGGCGUGCACAGCCGCAAGGUGCUGGCGCCGGGCGAGCGCAUCCUGGUGAUCCCCAAGAAGUGCCUCAUCACGGUGGAAAUGGGCAAGCAGACGGACAUCGGGCGCAAGCUGCUGGCGCGCAACGUGGACUUCGUGGCGCCCAAGCACAUCUUCCUCAUGAUGUUCCUGCUCACGGACAUGGAGCGCGCCGAGACGUCCUUCUUCCGCAACUACUACAGCACGCUGCCCUCGACGCUGAGCAACAUGCCCAUCUUCUGGUCGGACGAGGAGCUCGGCUGGCUCAAGGGCUCGUACAUCAUCCAGCAGAUCCAGGAGCGCAAGGCCGCCAUCCGCAAGGACUACGACGUCAUCUGCAGGGUGGACCCGGCCUUCGCGCGCUUCUCACUGGACCGCUUCAGCUGGGCGCGCAUGAUCGUGUGCAGCCGCAACUUCGGGCUCACGAUCGACGGCGUCAAGACGGCGGCGCUCGUGCCCUUCGCCGACAUGCUCAACCACUACCGGCCGCGCGAGACGAGCUGGACGUUCGACCAGAGCAUCGACGCCUUCACCAUUACGUCGCUCGGCACCAUCGGCACGGGCGCGCAGGUCUACGACUCGUACGGCAAGAAGUGCAAUCACCGCUUCCUGCUCAACUACGGCUUCGCGGUCGAGGACAACACGGAGGAGGACGGCCGCAACCCGAACGAGGUGCUCAUCGACUUCCAGCUCUCCCAGGCGGACGGACAGCUCUUCUACGACAAGCGCGCGUACCUGCACGAGAGCGGCAUCUACACCAUGGACGCGCGGCUCAGCUGCUCGCACUCGGACGCCAACACGCGCGAAGGCUUCAGCUUCGCGCGCCUCAUCGUGGCCACCGAGGACGAGUUCUCGAGCAUGAAGAUGAAGAGCCCCGCGCACUCGUCGCCGCCCAUCUCGUUUGACAACGAGAUCCGCGCGCUGCAGUACCUGCGCGACCUCAUGACCCACCAGCUGAGUCUCUACGACACGACCAUCGAGGAGGACAACGAGCUGCUGGCCUCAAAGCAGUACCCGCUCUUCUCGAACCGCAUCCAGGCGCUGUUCUUCAUCCGGGGCGAGAAGCAGGUGUGCAGGUACUUCCAGGAACUAGCAGACAAGGUCAUCCAGCUCUUCAGCCUGCCGCUGGCCGAGUGUCGCGAGGAGCUGCAGCGCAGCUUCGACGGGGACGGCGACAUCGACCGCUACGCGCAGGACGUGAUCGCCUAUUUAGUGACGCAGGUGUACCGCGAGAGCUAG